AAAAAUUUAAAAAAACUCUAGACGUGGGAUGAAAGUAUUUCCUGUUUAUCUUUUAGUGAAAACAAAUGGUAUUUAUAACGUUUUGAAAACGUAAGAAGCUCCAUUUUUUUACAGCUUAUAAUCAUAUAUGAUAUAGUUCAAGGGUAAUAUUACUCAGGGUGUAUACCUUACUUCAGUACACCACAGUCGAACCCUCUCAUUUAUAGUAUAACUAAUAGUAAUCAUAAACUCCAGUAAAUAAUUAUUAUUAGACUUAGUAUUAGUAUUUUACUUUUAUUAAUUUAUUUUUCUGCACUCUUCCGAACGCCGGUCCCUGUAACUAGUACUAGUAAUUAUAAUGUCAAAUUCAUAUAGUCAGGUGGCCCCGACAUUUGGUGAUGUAAUUGUUUAUCUCUAGGCCGGCACUACGUACACCGCGGCGGUGUACCUGGCGAAACUAUUGACUUUGGCCUGCGUACACGUGAUUUAAAGUAGCAAAACCAUGGUCUUUGCCAAUCUUUAACUUUUUGGCCUAACCGGUACUUGUAGAUUUAAUGUUAUACUCUUGUUAAAACUGAAAACUAUUUAUUUAAAAUUCGUUUAGUACCUUGGGAGGAUAAUAUUGUGUAAGUUCCACGCUUAUACUUAUGUGGCAAAGUACUUGUAGAGCAUUCCUUAUUAUUUAUUGUAAGGGAGGGGGCUUGGGGUGUAAUGUUAAACCAUGAUUUAUUUUUAAAGUUAAUCCCUUUACUUUAUUUCCCCCAAUAUAAUGAAAUACAAAUAUAUUCAUUAAUUAUUAAUUGGAGUAAGUUUUAACCUAUGAUUGUGAAUCUCAAUAGGCAUAGCUAAGGGGAGCUAAUUUAAAAUUAUUCUCUCCCCCCCCCCCCAGUCGGUUUUUUUUUUGGGGGGGGGUUUAUUAUAAUUAUAAAAUUGUAUGUGAUCCCUCAGGGCGUGGUGUAAAAAUGAAUGGGAAGCCAGUGUAUCUAUUUUGUCAGCACCAAGAUAUAAUUACGCCACAAAGACAUUACGGCAGUUACGGGAAGAGAAUCACAUACAUUGAUUAUGAAGUCGUGAAGUUAAAGUUGUCCUAGGCAUUGUUAAUGUGAUACCAAGCGAUUGUCAACACAAAACAACAGUAUACUGUAUAAUGUUCAAUACGAAACACUGCAGUGAUUUUUAAAAGUCUUUGAACAAUAAUUAAAUAUCAUUGAAUUAGUUUUACAUUGGCAUUACACAUUAGUAAAAAAAAUGUCGGCGGAGAUCGGCACACCCCCCCCCCCUUUUUCCGGGUAAUUUUGUUGUGCGGACGUCUUUUGUGGACAACCCCUAUCUAGAGUCAUGAUUUGAGUAGGCCCCCUUUUUGGUUAAGCCUCUGCCCAUAACUCAUCCCCCCCCACCCCACGGCAAGGAUCGAUCUCUUAACAAAAAACAACCAAUGAAAAACUUUGCAAUAGAGCAAAUCCUGUCCCAUGCGCAUGUCCAUGAGAAAACGUUGUGUUUUACCCUGAGAAUAGCACAUGCCAUGCCAUUCUGGAUACAAAUUCCGUCAUGAGCAGGGUAAACGCAGAUCUAUGACUUUGCUAUACAGUUUGCUACCGCGCUGUAAGUUUCUAAAAUGUUGGUUUUUUUUUUCAAAAGAUUUGCUGUGAGCCUGAGUGUUGUGAAUGAACUUUUGAUAUCGUGUGCACAUUUUGCCAAUGCAUAGUGAAAGCAAGAUGGUGGAAAUACGACCAUGCACAUUAAUAUUCAUAUGAUAUUAUUGAUAUACUGGUAUUUUCUUUGGGUGUUCGUAAAAGUAAAAUGUAAAUAUUCAACUACACGCAGAAUGAUGAAAUGCAAUAAAAUAUCACUUAGUAUUCAAAAUGUUUCUCUUAUACAUGUUACAUACACUAUACAUACGCUAUCAGAACUUUUCAGUUUGUUUUCUAAUGUCUUAUUACUAAUAUUAUCGGUACCGGGUAUUUUCAAAGUCAAAGGCCAGCACAACUAGUUGAAACACUUAUUAAUCUGAAUAAUGAAUAUAACAUAUAUUUAAAUUGCUACAAAAUAUUUCAAAAAACUUCUCAUGAAACUCCUGUUGCAAAUGAACAUGAUAAUUUAAAUAUAAAAUAUUUUUAAUAAAAAUUUGAAGAAAAACAAAGCUCGAUCCCCUACUGGGAAUUGAUCUAAAACUAUAAUAUCGCCAGGCGCGCACUCAACCACUUGACCACACACGAUCUACUCUUACAGGCAUAUCUUAAAACCAGGCCAAUGGUACAUUGGUGUACCCAGGCCAAAGCACACGAUUUCACUAGUUACACCGCCGCGGUGUACGCAGGCCAAAGCGGAUGGUUUCGCUAGGUACACCCCCGCAGUGUACGCAGGCCAAAGCGGAUGGUUUCGCUAGGUACACCGCCGCGGUGUACGCAUCCACUUCGUUAUCUCUAUGAUUCUGAAUGAAUGAAGUUGUCUUGCAGACUAAUUGCUUGUAAUAAUAUAUAAUAAACAAUACCAUAACCGGCAGAACACAAGCAGCGGCACUGGUUCAUUUUGCAAAUAAUGUUUUGUCAGACUAGGAAACAUUUUGCAAAAUUAUGACAACACCCAAAAGCACUGUUUAACGGCAUGCUUCGGUUAGGGUGGCUUUCUGAACACCGCCUCAUAACUUUCAAUGUCCCAUAUCUUUAAUCUGAUUUGCUGAGCAGUGGCGUAGCUAAUGUUGAUGUCACCCAGUGCUGUAACUUAUGGUGUCACACCCCCCCUUCCUGACACCUUCCUCCCGACUUCCAAUAUGGAUUUCUUCUUGUUUAAAUUAGUCCACAGUACAAUGAUAAGAACAAAACAAAGUAAUUGAAGGUCAGGAGGUAAAUGUAUUUAAGAACUGUAACAUGUAGCUAGAAUCACCCGACCACAUUUCAAAUCAAUGGAAAGCUUUAUUUCUUAGAAUUUAGAUACAUAUAGCUUAAAACUUUAAUCGGCAUUGAAUCAUGGUCAAAAUGGCGUUUUUCUGACCUAAUUAUAGGGUCACCUCAUGUCUGACGCAUCCACCUUGAAUUUACAUGUGAUUGGUUAUCCUUUUAUGAAAUUCAGUUACACCUAGCGGUGUGUGCUCUGCAUACAUGCAAUUUUUUCAAUUUUGUGUCACCCCCUGAGAUGGUGUCACCCAGUGCUACGGCAGUAUACACACCAGGUCAAUUUUUGCAAACUAUAGGCUUAAUGUAUACGAAAUCGUCAUAAUGAUAUUCUAUUGGGUUUACAAAGUAAAAUAAAGUUAUGCCUAGUUAUGCUUUUUAAAUGCAUUGAAAGUUGGGACACCACUGUAUAUGUAAUAUACAACAAUUUACUGAACUGAGUUUCGGAAUUGGUUUCAAGUUCAACAAGGUGGCACACGCCAUGGCCGGUUUCCAAGCUCCUUUUGUGUUUUCCAGUAGCGCUUUAGCAUCAAAGAACAUUUUUUGGAUAAUACUUGAAGUUGUUGAGUGACACUUAUCACAUUUGACCAUGAACUUGGUUAUUCUGCUUAUUCAAUACGUUUUACUAGUGGUUUGAAUUUUGGACUGGCGUUCAAAGGAGGGACAAGUUUUCAUACAAAAUAUUUUUUUUACAUAAUAUUUACAGAGAAAUAUGAGGUUUACUAAAUAGACCCACAAAAUUUAAAUUAAGUUUAUAUGUUGUGGAUUUGCAUUACAAAAACUAAAAUGUUAGCAAACCUUUUUGUACUUAAUUAUUGAUUGAUUGAUUUGAUAUUUAUAUAGCGUAUGUAUCCAUGCCACUUUAGCAUGCUCACUGCGCUCUGGUCCUCCGAAAUCUAUUUAAACAUAAAAGUUUUUAAUUGUUUCUUAAAUGAUUUUUUUAUCAUUUACAAUUCCCCUCAAAGAUUGAGGCAAACUGUUCCAUAAUUUUGGCGCUAUCGCUGCAAAAGAGCGCUUUCCAUCAGAAUUUUUAAUGUGUUUAUCCACACUAGGAACACUCAGUAAGUACUGAGUUGAAGACCGCAGGCUCUUCAAGGAUACAUGUUUAUAAAUCAGUUCCUUGAGAUAUUCCGGUGCUAAUAUACCUACUACUAUUAACACUGUUAUAAUUUUAAAAAUUAAUUUAAAGAAGGCUUUUACUUAAUUUUAUUUCAGCCAACUGUUUUGUUGCUUUCUUGUGGCUUAUUUCUAGCUUUGUGAUACCUUGUUUGAAGCACUGUUUUUAAUUAAUAUUUAUUUGUACAUUAUUUACUGAAACUAGAUUAUUAUUUUGUAAAAAAUUAGAAUUGUAAUCUAAUGUAACUAUUUAGCAAACUAUUUUUUUUUUAAACAAUCAUUGGCUGAGAUAUUUAAAACACCUUAAUUUAAUGAAAAGGAUAUAUUUUCUAGAGUUAUAUGCCCAAAUGUCUGUCAAACUGACAUUUUCAGACACCUUUUUUUAUUACUGAUAAAUUAAAUUUGCCACACAGUCAGUUAUUUAUUAAAUCUAUAAUUAAAUAACUACCCCGGUAAUUUUCUAAUUAACUUAAAACCCUAAAAAUAUUAAAUAACUAGAAUUUUGCGUAUCUUAUUUAUUCUUUUCUUUAGGCUCUAAGGUCUUUUACUGAAGCCUGCUGGUCUGAUAUCUGGUCACCAAAAUGGCUAAAGAUAUUUUCAAAAAAGACCUUUAUGCAGUCAUUGGCGUGCCAGAGGAGGCCACAGAGAAAGAGAUUCUCACAGGGUACAGGAAGAGAGCUCUGAAAUGCCAUCCUGAUAAAAACCCAGACAAUCCCAAGGCAGCUGAACAUUUUCAUGAACUGUCGCAGGCACUUGAAAUUUUAACAGAUCCGGCAGCACGGUCCGCGUACGACCAGUCUUUAAAAGCCAAAAAGGUCGCAGCUGCAAGAACCAAAGUACUAGAUAGCAAGAGGAAAAAGUUUAAGGAAGACUUAGAAGCCAGGGAGAGGGCUGCUUUUGAGCAGAGUCAAGCUGCCGCCGAAGUGGUAGCAGAGAAAAGGUUAAGAGUGGAAAUUGAUCGGCUUAGAAAGGAGGGAUCCAAGUGAGUACACUUUAGUAAAAAAAAUUUUUUUAUUUCAAAUGCUUUCCUUAAAUCAAUCUCGUCAAGCAAGGCUUACCACCAGCAACUAAUAUUAUUUGAUGAAUAUACUUAACAAAUUCCAUUAAAUGUUCUAAACAACUGUACCAGUACAUACAGAUCAAGUUUCACUUUUCAUCAUUUUUGAAAAAGAAAAUAACUAAAGCACUAUAACUUCCACUUUUUCAUUAAAUUAUUUAUAAGUCAUCUUCAGUGGAGGUAAAAAAAAAGAUAAAGAAAGUGUGAUUGAUCUUUUAAAAAUUCAUUCUCAAAAGUAAAGAAGACUUUGUAUAUAUCUGAAACAUUCAAAAUUAAACUGCAGUCAAAAUAAUUUUAACUUUUAAGGAUUGCUAUGAAAGCAAAUUUUCAUGUCCCGCGGUUAACCAGUUCCAGACUCGAACGCAAUAAGUGAUUUUCCGCGAAGUAGGAAUCUUUAUUUUUACAUGCUAUUAAGCAAAGCUGUUAACCACCCUCUACAUAUGGUUGUUAACAUUAUUCGACCCUCUGGGGGUGCUCUAAUACAUAGGCCUACAGUCCAUAUGUACAGUAAUUUUAAUUGUACCAGUAAUCCAGUGGUGUACAACUUACCUAGGCAACCAAGCGCGAGCUGAAUCAUUUUCACUAUCUCGAACAACUUUUGAUCAACUUUGUAAUGAAUACAUGUUAAAUUUUAAUAAACGCGAGAGUGAAGCCGCAAAAGUUCAAGCGUGAAGGACAACUGUAAUCCCAUGUGCUAAUUUCAGAUUUACUUUGUUUACUUCUUGUCCUGGAUUCCUCAGAACAUUCUGUUCAAAGACUUGAUUUCUGAAAUGUUUGCCAAUACUUUCCAGAUUGCUAGAACAAGAGCAGAAGCGAUUAAUUGAAGAGAUCAAGCGGUCAAGAAUCCAACUUGACCAUCAAACUAACAGUUCAAAAAAUACAUGUACAUCUGACCCCCCUCGUAUCAAACUGAAAUGGAAAGCUCAGAAAAGUGACAAAACCAAUGGGGGAUACACCUGCGACAACCUCAAGAAUAUCCUCGGCUGUUAUGGCCACAUCAACACACUCCUGAUCUCUAGCAGUCGAAACGGCAGCGCAGUUGUGGAAUUUGAUGAGGUCUCCACAGAUAUACUCGAUGAAGUUGGUCACAGCGAGAACCCAUUCACAAUAGUUUGGUUGUCGGGGAAACCGAGUGAAAAUUCAACACUCAGAUCUGCAGCCCCAGUUAACACAAACAAUCCAGAUCACAUAAAAUUGUUUGACUCUGCCGACAGUAAAAGUUUCCCAAAAUUUGACUCUGAACAUAUAAGUGUGAACUUUGGUGCAGAACAAUCAAGUUUUGGAGGAGAGAGUGACAGGGAUUUCGAGAGUUUAGUUCUGAUGAGAAUGAGGCAGGCGGAGGAGCGAAAAAAAUUGAUGGAGCAAAUCAUGAGGGAAGAUGCAGAGUGAUUUGACGUUGUUCAGUUAUUUAAAAUUAUGAGCUUGUCUGUUUGUAGUGUUAGGUGGAAAUCGUGAGUGAAAGCAAGAAAGUCAUGGGGAAUAAAAGAAUAAUUUUUAAACAUUUCUGCUUAGUUAAAUGUGUAAUCAAUUCUCCAUAAGAAAAAUAAAUGAGUUAAAUUUUGUUAG